CCUUUACCAAAUUUUUGUUUUUUAGGGAACCAGUAAGUAGUACUUCGUACAUUAGGGAAAAAAUGUCCAAAGUCCAUCUUCUUGAUUAUGUAGCCGGGAAUGUUCGAUCGCUUGUCAAUGCUGUGGAAAAGUUAGGAUAUCAGGUUGAAUGGAUUCAAUCCCCUGAAGACGUGAAGAAAGCCGAAAAAUUGAUACUGCCUGGCGUGGGACAUUUUGGCCACUGUGUAACACAGCUUUCAAAGGGCGGAUUCCUUGAACCCAUCAGGGAACACAUAGAGUCCGGCAAACCAUUUAUGGGAAUUUGCGUUGGCCUUCAAGUGCUAUGUCAGGGAUCCGCUGAGGCUCCUGGAGUCAAAGGAUUGGGCCUAGUGCCGGCGACCUUGACGCGAUUCAACUCUUCAAACAAAAGCGUUCCCCAUAUUGGAUGGAAUUCAGCAAAGUGCGAAAAAAUCAGUCAAGGCAGUCCACAGACAUUUUUCGGUCUGAAUCCAGAGAGCAGGUAUUAUUACGUGCACUCAUAUGCAAUUCCUUAUGGAGACGGUCUGCUUAGCAACGGCGAAUGGGCCGUAGCUACGGCCACGUACGUAGACGAGACCUUUGUUGGUGCUAUAAGUCGAAAAAAUGUCUUUGCUACUCAAUUUCAUCCGGAAAAAAGCGGUGCCGCUGGCCUGCGCACAUUACACGCUUUUUUGGCCGGGGAAAAUGGUCUUGUUGGGUGUUCACCGACGUUGCUUGUGCCCGGAGACCUCACACGACGAAUAAUUGCUUGCCUUGAUGUUCGAGCCAACGAUGAAGGUGAUUUGGUGGUCACAAAAGGAGAUAAAUAUGAUGUGCGCGAGAAGAAUGACGACGCCGGCCGUGGCAAGGUGAGGAAUCUUGGGAAGCCAGUUGAUAUGGCAAGGAAAUAUUAUCAACAGGGCGCAGACGAGAUCGUUUUCUUGAACAUUACGUCCUUUCGCAAUUGCCCGCUAGCCGAUGCGCCGAUGCUUGAAAUUCUUCGCCAAACAGCGGAGACAGUCUUCGUCCCAUUAACAAUCGGUGGGGGAAUAAGAGACACUGUUGAUACUGACGGCGCAUUUGUUUCUGCGCUGGAUGUCGCAACAAUGUAUUUUAAAUCAGGAGCUGACAAGGUCAGCAUUGGCUCAGAUGCGGUGAUUGCGGCUGAAAAAUACCAUGCAUCGGGAAAACGGCUUUCUGGCACUACAGCCAUCGAGACGAUAUCAGGUGCGUACGGAAAUCAAGCCGUAGUGGUUAGCGUGGACCCGAGGCGCGUGUACGUUUCAAGCCCAAGUGAUACUCGGCACCACACAAUCUGGACAGAGUACCCAGAUGAUCGGGGCAAUCGGUACUGCUGGUAUGAAUGUACCAUUAAGGGAGGCCGAGAAGGGAGGGACAUCGAUGUCAAGGAAUUAGUUGAGGCUGUGGAAGCCAUGGGUGCUGGAGAAAUAUUACUAAAUUGUAUCGACAAGGAUGGUUCAAGCAAUGGGUUUGAUCUUGAAUUAAUAAGAGACGUGAAGUCAUUUUCGACGAUACCCAUCAUCGCCUCCAGUGGUGCCGGUAGUCCAGCUCAUUUCAAAGAUGUUUUUGAACAAACUACGGCCGACGCUGCUCUCGGUGCUGGUAUGUUUCAUCGUGGUACAUUCAGUGUUUCUGAGGUUAAGAGUUACCUUCAAGAAAAUGGGCUUGUUAUCCGAAGCCUUGACAACCUGGGCACUUGA